AACCAGGAAGAGAGCGACCGGUCGGUCUACAGGACGAGUCCGUGUCACGAAGCUCGUGGAAACUAUGAUCAACAAUCUGCAGCGGGACCAGAGCUGGAUACCCAAGGUGAUUAAAAAGAAAACAUGCUGCACCUUCCUUGAGGACACAAGUGGCCAAAGCAAGCAGCAGAUCUGCCAAUGUGGUUACCCGAAGGAGCAGCACCGUGCCGUGGCAACAGAGGACAACUUUGGAGCGGCCGUCAUCAGCAGGUGGAACACAGCUGAGCACACAACAGAGGAGCCGACAGACGCCUUCGGGGAUGUGGAGUUCUUUGGGAAAGGCCGGAGACACGGGAAGUUUGUACGACUUUCUUCGGACACAAAUCCGGCCAUUAUCUACCACCUGAUCACACAGUCCUGGAAGUUCACCCCUCCCAACCUGGUCGUCUCUGUGGUGGGUGGAGACGCGGAGCUGAAGGUGAAGGCCUGGUUGAAGGACAUUCUUCGUCAGGGCCUAGUCAAGGCUGCACAAAGCACUGGAGCCUGGAUCAUGACGAGUGGGCUCCAGAUGGGCAUCGGAAAAUACGUUGGCGAGGCAGUGCGUGAUCACACCACCGCAAGCACCCACACUUCCACCAAGGUGGUCGCCAUGGCAAUCGCACCAUGGGGAAUGGUGUACAAUAGGAAUUGUCUUGUGAACCCCAAGGGCUCCUUUCCUGUGAGGUACACGGUGACCAACGACACGGAGGCGCAGUACGCCCUGGAUGACAACUACUCUGCCUUCCUUCUGGUGGACAACGGCACCAACAAUCAGAUGGGCGGUGAGAUCCAAUUCCAAGCUCGUCUGGAGAAACACAUACUGACCCAGAGGACAGGAAUUGGCGGGAGAGGGAGCAUUGAGAUCCCAGUGCUGUGCAUGCUGAUUCAAGGAGGGAUCAACAUGCUGGAGAGAAUAUAUGAAGCCACAAAGAACAACAUUCCUUGGCUCAUCCUGGCAGGUUCGGGAGGGAUUGCAAGUUUCUUGGCUGAGGUCAUAGCAGAGUCGUUCACAGCGGAAACUUUGAGAUGCCACGCGGAAGAGUGGUUGCAAAAGUUUGCUGCUCCUGAAGAUGUCCCUGGCCUGGUGAAGCUGGUGGAGAAGAUCGUUGAAAACAAGCAUUUGAUGACAGUCUACAAUGCAGACCAGGAGGGAGUGGAGGAGUUUGACACAAUUAUUUUGCAAGCAUUGUUCAAAGUCUGUAAGAAGAAGAGUAACAACGCUCUAGCAUACUUGGACGAGCUGAAAUUGGCAGUAGCGUGGAGCCGAGUUGACAUUGCCAAGAGACAAUUAUUUAAUGGAGAAAUCUUGUGGAAGACCUGUCACUUGGAAGAUCCCAUGACAGCAGCUCUUGUCAACAACAAACCAGAAUUUGUCAAGCUCUUCAUUGACAACGGCACCAACAUGGUGGAAUACCUCUCCUACGGGCGGCUGGAGGAACUCUACAGUUCGGUGGCCGAGAACUGCCUCCUCAAGUCCCUCCUCCGCAAGAAGCAUGAGGAGAGGCGGUUCCCCCAGGGGAGGGGGUCAAAGCCUCCCCUAGGGAGCACGGACCCAUGUGAGGAUCGGCGGAGUUUCACACUCUGUGAGGUGCUGAAAGUGCUAAAUGAUCUGUUGGGAGAUGUUUGUGAUCCACUCUAUAGUGAACUCUUCCAGAUGGCUGGCUCCUGGAAAGUGAAAUCGUUAUCGAAUCCCCAGGAGGAUUCCUAUCGAAAGAAGAAAGCUGCAAACCCAUGGGCUGACCUGUUCAUCUGGGCUGUCCUUCAAAAGCGCAGCAAGAUGGCCACCUACUUCUGGGAAAUGGGCGGAGAGUCAGUUUCCUCCAGUCUCUGCGCCUGCCUGAUCCUCAGGGGAAUGUCCCGCCUGGAAACAGAAGCUGAAGGAUCCCAGGUUAUAAAGGAAAUGGCUUCCACUUUUCAGCAACUGGCCGUAGACGUUUUCAAUGAGUGCUACCGGCACAGCGAGAAGCGGGCCUUUCAGCUGCUGGUGCACCAAUGCCCCGUAUGGGGCCGAGCCACCUGCCUCCAGCUCGCCACCGAGGCUGACGCGCGCAACUUCCUCGCUCACGACGGAGUCCAGGCCUUCCUGAGCCAGAUCUGGUGGGGCGAGAUGGACAGAAACACUGAGAUCUGGAGGCUAAUGCUCGCUUUCUUCUGCCCACCUUUCAUAUACAGCAACCUCAUCAAGUUCAGGAGUAACACAGAAGACCAGGUGACAGGAUGCUCAGCUUCUGAGCUGGAAUCUAGCGAGAACGACAUGUUGCUUGAGGCUUCAGAGGGCUCUCGAGACAAUGAGGUGGACGUCAAAACAAAAUCCAGAAAUAGGAGGCCAUUUUGUAUGAUCAGGUGGAAGCAGUUCUGGGGGACCCCAGUGGCCUCGUUCUUUGGGAACGUCAUCAUGUAUUUCGCCUUCCUGUUCCUCUUUGCUUAUAUCUUAAUCGUGGACUUAUUUCCCAUGGGCCCGUCCAACAUGGAACUCAUUCUGUACAUCUGGGUCCUCACAAUCGUGUUUGAGGAGAUUCGACAGACGUUCUUUGUCAGCAUGGACGUCCCGGUGCAGAAGAAGGUGAAGCUGUACUUCCAGGACAUGUGGAACAUUUGUGACGUGCUAGCCAUUGGCCUCUUCAUCCUUGGGGUCUCUGCAAGGAUGUUCAGGGGCUGGUACGAAAUAGGCCGGGUGGUCCUCUGCCUGGACUUCAUGGUUUUCUGUUUCCGCCUGGUCCAUAUCUUCGCUGUUCACAAACAACUGGGACCGAAAAUCAUCAUUGUGGGGAAAAUGAUCAAGGAUGUCUUCUUCUUCCUGUUUUUCCUGGGCGUCUGGCUCAUGGCCUACGGAGUGACCACUCAGGGGCUGUUACACCACACAGAGACCCGGAUCAGCUGGAUCUUCCGCAGGGUCUUCUACAGACCCUACCUCCAGAUCUUCGGGCAGAUCCCACUCGACGAGCUCGAUGCUGCUCAGAUCUCAAGCUCCAACUGCACGGAUGACCCGGUAGCCAUCUUCAUGGAGGAGCUACCCCCAUGCACCAACACCUACGCCAACUGGCUGGUCAUUCUGCUGCUGACCAUCUUCCUGCUGGUGGCCAACAUUCUGCUGGUCAACCUGCUCAUUGCCAUGUUCAGUUACACGUUCAAUAAGGUUCAGGAGAACAGUGACAUCUAUUGGAAGUUUCAACGCUACAAGCUGAUCGUGGAAUACCACAUGCGGCCUGCAUUGCCCCCGCCCUUCAUCAUCUUCAGUCACCUCAACAUUUUCAUCAAGAGGAAUAUCAGGAGAGUCCCGUCAGUGAAGAGCAAGGUCUUCGUGAUGAACUUCCCAGAAUCGGUGACCAGCAAGCUGAUGACGUGGGAGGCAGUGCGGAAAGAAAACUAUCUCGUGUGCCGCAACAGGGCCAAGAGAGAGAGCAACAUGGAGCAGCUCAAGAGGAUGGUGCAGAAGGUGGACAGCGUUAUGAAUUGCAUAGCCAACAUCAGAGAGCACGACAGACGCCUGAGAGCUCUUGAAAAACAGGUGGAUUACUGCACUGAAGCCUUAACGUGGUUAGUGGAAUCCUUAAUGCAAAGUGACCUCGUAAAGAAUGCCAAAGCUCCACCCACAUUUACAGAUUCAGCACAUAAAAUGGACUCAAAGCCAUAAUUACCAGAAAGAAAGAACUGCCUCACCAGUAUUAAUCACAUCCUGGAUGAAGAUGCACUCUACCAGCCAAGAUCCUGGCAUGCACCCUGUCACCACAAAGCCUGUACUUAGAUCCAGCCUGAAGCCGAUCUCUGUUCCACAAAGACGCACACAAUGGCAAAUGCUGCUCUGUUUUCAUCAUGUUUUGUGUGUGAGGAGAACGCAGAGCAGCAGGAAUUAUUCCGAAUCCGACUGGCAAAAGAGCAAAGUGUACAAAGUGAGCAGGAUAUCCCGUGCCCCUGCAGGCCCACCCGGAUAGAAAGUGGUUUCUCUUCUUAAUUUGAUUUUGUCUAUAAAUCAGAAAAUACGCAAAAAUCACUCGACCUGGUAGGUGUUGUAAUGAGUGGCAGCAAAAGACUGAUAAGAAAUAGAUAUAAGUGGAGAGAGAGAGGAAACCAGUUCUGCCAUUUGGAAGAACAAACGUAUAUACAGUAUGUGUGUCAGACUUUUAAAAUCAAUGACAUUAUGGGAGCUUGCUCUCCGUUAAGUUGAGCAUUGGUAAGCUCUGAUACAUUGAUCUGAGCACCUUGACUAAGUUACAGUCUAAACCAACAGCAAGUUUAAUAAGGUCUGCUCCUUUGCACGUGCACUCAGAACCUGUCUGAAUACAGAUAAAUCCAACCAGGCUCAGUCCCAGCUCGUGGAUGCAGUGGAGUUGUAAGCCAACAGCAAGUUUAA